AUGACUAAUAUAUCAUGUGAUAUGUUACUACACCCGGAACUUUUGACUAAUGAACAACUUAUUUCCAUUAUACAAGAGAGACAUUUGAGGGUCCCGAAUAUGGAAUCUAUGCAUAGAGACGAGCUUUUGGAGAUUUUUCAUCAAUACUGUGUCCCUUACGGUCAACGAAAAUAUAGGGAUUCUGGGAGGGGGAAAAUAUUAAAUAAAACUCGUCAUAUAAGUCCUGAACCUACACGAAAAUUAAACAUGUUUAAUGAUAUUCAGAAUAGAAAACAAUCUAAUUCCUUCAAUGAAAGACUAAAACCUCCACCUGACUUACUAUCAGGACACAUAAAAAGAAUUAAGAUAGAAAAUAAAAUAGUUAUUACUAAUGAUAAUAAUAAUUUUAAAAGAAAAAUCGCAAUUGAUAGUCUCCCCAUUUCAGAGAUCCCGCCAAUGAAAAAAGAAAGGAAACCAAUAACUUGGCCU